AUGAAUGUGUUAAGUUGGAAUUGUCGUGGGCUUGGGAACCAGCGGGCUUUUCAAUUCCUUAAGGAGAUUGUGUCUCAAAAGAAACCCAAUUUUAUUUUCCUUUGUGAAACAAAAAGUGACAAAAGCAAAAUGCAAAGAGUGGGCCGUGCUUUGGGCUUUGAAGGAAUGUUCAUUGUGGAAGCCCAAGGAAGUGCUGGGGGAUUGGUUAUGUUCUGGCGUUUUCAAGCAGAGGGUCGACUUCUUGGCUACUCAACAAACCAUAUCGACAUCAUGGUUUCUUCACCAGAGAGAGGCGAGCGGAGGUUAACGGGUGUCUAUGGGGAACCAGUUCGAAACAGACGACAUUUAACAUGGGAGCUCCUUCGGUUCCUAUCAAGAGAUUCCAAUCUCCCAUGGUGUGUAAUCGGGGACUUAAACAAUGUGAUGAGGCAGGAAGAUAAAAGAGGAGGUCGGCGUUAUCCGCACCAGUUGAUAACUGGUUUCCAACAAGCAUUGACGGACUGCAAUUUACAUGACAUGGAAUUGACGGGUUAUCCAUUUACAUGGGAGAAAGGCCGAGGCACUCAAAACUGGGUAGAGGUGCGGCUUGACAGAGCACUGAUCACUCCAACUUUUUCUCAGGUUUUUCCUCUUGCUGUUCUCACUAAUUUGGAAUUAUCAUCUUCUGACCAUUGCCCAAUUCUCUUGGAACCCGACAUUGUUCAACAAUUCACUCCUAGCCACAACAAUUUAGCAGCAAAAAUAAAGAAGUGUGCCGAUGUGCCUGGUCCUUGGGGAAAAGAAAUCACAGUGCUCGACCAAAGAGAAGCUUUCUGGAAACAACGUUCAAAACAGUUAUGGUUGAAAGAGGGGGAUCAAAACAGUAGCUAUUUUCACAAAACUGCUACUACUCGAAAAAGGCAUAAUCAGAUUGAUCGGUUGCAAGAUGGCCAUGGUAAUUGGGUAUAUUGGGAGAAUGGAUUACCAAUGGAAAUUACUAGUUACUUUAACAAUCUUUUCCAAUCGGCAGGAGGCACUUUCCAGGAGAUAAUUGAUUGUGUUAACACCUCUAUUCCUGAAAUAGCUCAUGAAGAAUUCCGUCAACCAGUUACAGAAGAAGAGGUCAAAAGAGCAGUUUUUCAGAUGCACCCCGACAAAAGCCCAGGGCCAGACGGUAUGACACCAGCCUUUUAUCAAAAAAGUUGGUCAAUUGUAGGCAAGGAUGUAAUUCAAAUGGUUCACAAUUUUCUUGCUACUGGAGAGUUUGAAGAGGGCUGCGCCGAUGCCAAUAUUGUUCUAAUCCCGAAGAACAAGAAACCCGAGAACAUGACUCAACUUCGGCCAAUUGCUCUGUGUAAUGUGUCCUAUAAAAUCAUAACUAAGGUUGUGGUUAACCGCAUGAAGCCUUUCAUGGACAGAGUGGUGUCGGAGAAUCAAAGCGCCUUCAUACCAGGUAGACUCAUUUCAGAUAAUGUGCUUAUUUCUUUUGAAGUCUUACAUUAUUUGAAGAGAAAGCGGAAAUGGAAAGAUGGUUUCAUGGCGCUAAAGCUUGACAUGAGCAAAGCCUACGACAGAAUAGAAUGGAAUUUCCUUGAAGCCAUGCUCCAUAAGCUAGGCUUUGAAAACUGGUGGACUAGGCGUCUAGUGAAGUGUGUUUCUUCAGCGUGCUAUACAGUGAUUCAUGGUAGACACGAAAUCGGCCCCAUCAUUCCUUCAAGAGGUAUUAGACAGGGAGAUCCACUAUCCCUCUAUCUUUUUAUCCUAUGUGCUGAGGGCCUUUCAGCGAUCCUACAACGAUACGAAGCACGUGGUUUAUUACAUGGUUGCAAAGUUGCAAAUGGUGCCCCCCGAAUAUCGCAUAUGUUAUUUGCGGACGACAGUUACCUAUAUUGUAAGGCAACUAUGGAAGAAACUACAAGAGUACAAGAGGUGUUGAGCAAAUUUGAAGAGGCUUCAGGUCAGAAAGUUAACUACUCUAAGUCCUCUAUUUUUUUCAGCACUAACACAACCUUGUCAACUCGUAACAAUAUUAGCCAAAGGCUCGGCAUGUCUAUAGCAGGGACUAAUAGUCUAUAUCUUGGACUUCCUAGCACCAUAUCUCGCAACAAGACAGCUGUUUUUGGUUACUUAAAGGAGCGAGUUCGAAAACGAAUUGACGGUUGGGAAUCAAAAUUCCUUUCUCGGGCAGGGAAAGAGAUUUUAAUAAAAACUGUGGCUCAAUCUCUACCAAGCUAUGCUAUGAGCGUGUUCCUAAUUCCAAUUGACAUUACUCGGGAGAUGGAGAAAAUUAUGACAAAGCUUUGGUGGCAAUCUUCUAACAAGUCAGGAAAAGGGAUCCAUUGGCUUUCUUGGGACCGACUGUGUACUCACAAGAAAAAAGGGGGUAUGGGCUUUCGUCAUCUUCGUGAUUUUAACUUGUCACUUCUUGGCAAGCAAGGUUGGCGACUCCUAGUGCAACCCGACUCUCUCGUUGCCAAGAUUUUUAAGGCUCGCUACUACCCCAACAACUCUUAUCUUGAUGCCUCUCUAGGUAACAAUCCUAGUUUUGUUUGGCGUAGUGUAUGGGAAGCGCAACAACUUGUAAGGAAAGGUCUUCGUUGGUGUGUAGGAGAUGGAACUGAAAUCAAUGUUCUUAACGAACCAUGGCUGCCUUGUUCUGAUAAUCCUUAUGUCUCUACUUCUCAUCCUAGCUUAAUUGGUGCUAAAGUCCAUAGCCUAAUGAAGAUAAAUGACACAGGUUGGGAUAUGGAAAUUUUAGAAGAUUUAUUUGAGGAAAGAGAUAGAAGAUUGAUAGUGAAAAUUCCCUUGCAACAAUCGGCAGCUAAAGAUACAUUGACAUGGGCAUAUGAAGCUUCGGGUAUAUACUCAGUCAAAAGUGCCUACAAGCUCCUCCAACAAGUUAAUGGUAGAUGGGAUAAUGAUGAUGAUGCUGCAUCAACUUUCUGGGCUACUAUGUGGCGUCUAAAAAUCCCUCCUAAAGUGAAGAAUACUCUUUGGCGUGCGGGUAAGAACUGCCUUCCUACUCUUUGUAUGCUGCAAACGAAGAGAGUUAAUGUUAACUCUCUCUGCCCGAUUUGUAGAGAGGAAGAAGAGACUAUAUUACAUGCCUUGGUCACUUGUUCACACAUAAAACAAGUUUGGGAUCGAGUAGGAAUUGGUACAAAUAUCACCCCCGAUAUCACUCUUUUUCUUGACUGGUGCAUUCGGGUUUUUACUGGUGCCGACUCAAGCAAAAGAUGCUUAAUUGCAACACUUUGUUGGGCGAUUUGGAGUGCCCGAAAUGAUUUUGUUUGGCAAAAAAAGGUGGUAAACGCUGACAGAAUUGUAGUGUUAGCUAGAGGUUAUCUUGAUCAAUGGACAAAUGCUCAAAACACUCUCAUUGAGUCAUCAUGGUCUGGUUUUCAGACGGGUGAUGGGGUUGAGCAAUGGUCCGCUCCAAGUGAAAAUAGUAUCAAGAUCAAUGUUGACGCUGCUCUUUUUGAGGAUGGAACCAGCCACAGGAUCGGUAUGGUAGCUCGUGACCAUCACGGUUUCCUAGUCGAAGGCCGAACUGAACACUUUCAAGGGGCUGCUACUCCGGAAGUCGCUGAAGCAAUCGGGGUCAGAGAAGCCUUGAGUUGGAUCAAGAAGAAAAACUGGCAGCAAGCUAGUAUUGAAACGGAUUGUCUAAUGGUGGUUCAAGCACUUCGAAAUUCAAUUAAAAUGUUAUCUUUGUUUGGACAAAUCAUUGAUGAGUGUAAACGACUCUCCUCGGAACUAAAGCAUGUUUCUAUUUUCUUUGUUAAACGAUCAGCUAAUGUGGUAGCUCACAACUUUGCACGAGCUUCUAUAUUAUUUCCUGGUUGUCUUUUUGGUAUGGAGUCUGUUCCUACCGAUUUGUUACAUUGUCUUGUAACUGAGUUUGUUGGUUAA